AUGGGACACAUGCAGAAUAGCAAUCUUGUCAAUGUACAAGGCAAUGCUGAGAAGGGCCUGCCCUCCUUUGAUCCAGCAUAUCUCGUCAAGUGGGAUCAAGACGACACAUUGAACCCUCAGAACUGGACUCCCAGGUAUAAAUGGUGGGUGACAUUUCAACUGGGUAUGCUUGCUUUAGCAGGCAGUCUGGGAUCAAGCAUCACCACGCCGGCCGAUGACACCAUCGCGGAGUAUACUGGCGUGAGCAGCGAGGCCUCUGUUUUAGAUGUGUCCCUGUAUCUCCUCGGUUUCGUUUUCGGGCCUAUCAUCUGGGCACCUCUUUCAGAGAUCUGGGGACGAAGAGUCAGCAUCCUCCCUGCGGUCUUUUGCUUAGCGCUUUUCUCCAUCGGCACGGGUGUGAGCACAAAUGCAGCGUCGGUGUUCGUCACCCGUUUCUUCGCAGGGUUCUUCGGCUCCGCACCGAUCAGCAAUGUCACCGCGGCCCUGGGUGAUAUCUGGAGUAAAGAGACACGAGGUACGGCAGUCAGUCUCUACGCAGUCGCAGUGAAUGGCGGCCCAGCUCUGGGUCCAGUGAUUGGUGCAGCAAUCGUGCUGAAUCCCAAUAUGGGAUGGCGCUGGACAGCAUAUAUACAUGCAAUUUGGGUGUUCGUUGUGUUCGCAUUGACCUUCUUCUGUCUGCCAGAGGUAUACCCGCUGGUUCUGCUCAAGCGUAAAGCGCAGCAACUGCGCAAGGACACAAAUGACUCCGGAUUUUACCACCCGCAUGAGCAUUUGAAACUCGACGUCAAGUCAGUUCUCACUAAACAACUCGCUCGCCCAUUGAGAAUGUUAUUGACUGAGCCGAUUGUCACGUGUAUUGCCUUUUACGCUUCCUUUGUCUACGGAGUCAUGUACCUCACACUAGAGGUAUUUCCACUCGCAUUCCAAGAAGCUCGAGGCUGGAAUCGACUGAUCGGCUCAUUGCCGUUUCUGGGUUUGCUGAUAGGUGUUAUAUCGUCGGUUGGCCUCAAUAUCUGGAACCAAUAUCGCUACAACGAAAUCUCCAAGGAGGCUAAUGGGAGAUCAGUCCCCGAAGCACGACUUCCACCUAUGGCGUUUGGGGCGGUGUUCUUUGUUAUUGGACUGUUUUGGUUUGCUUGGACUGCUGAACCACCUCACCACUGGAUCUUACCAUGUCUGGCGGCUGUUUUUAUAGGCAUUGGGUUCAACUGCAUCUUCCAACAGUGUUUGAACUUUUUGAUCGAUGUGUACAAGCUUUAUGCUGCUAGCUCAACGGCGGCUGUGACUUUUCUUCGAAGUUUGCUGGCUGCCGGGCUUCCACUGGCGGCUAAGCCAAUGAUCCGGGCUUUGGGGAUUGGCCCUGCCAUUUCUAUCAUUGGAGCUGUGGCUGCAGUACUGCUGCCAGUACCUUUUUUGUUCAUGAAGUAUGGCCCAAAGCUGCGGGGGUUAUCAAAGCUUGCGCCUGAAGAUUCAUAA